GCCGGCCGUGGCCCUUCUGGCGAAGGCGAGCCUAUCCGCUGCUAUGUCGGAGCCCGCGGGCGCGGCUCCAGGCAUGAAAGAGAUGCAUGAGAAACUCAUGGAGUCAGUGGAGUAUUCCCAAGCCGUCUCCACCAUGAGCGAGAUCAUGGCACAAGCGGAAUCCGAAGCCCGCGACUUCGUGGAACAGAAGGCCGCAGAACUUGGUGAGGACGGCGCUUUCGAUGCUGCGCUGAUGGAAGCCUUCGUAGCCUUUGAUUCCGACGACGAUGGAAAGCUGAUCGGUCAGGAGGCGGCAGUGUUGCUGGAAGUGAGUGGUCGAAGUUUACCUGCGGACCUGCAGAAGGAGUUGGAAGAUAAAGACUUCGAAUGCACCUUCGAGGAGUUCGUUGAGAUCUACGCGCGCACCACGCGCAAUGAGGACGUUCAGGACGAGGACGAAGAUUCUGAGUUUUAGGAUCGGUGCUGGCGCCAUCCGAAUUUUCACGCUGGACGACGCGAUGGAAAAAA